AUGUUGGAUAGGCUGUCGCUGUUGCUUUGCCUUAUGCACCGUCAGGCAUCGGCCGAGUGCCGAACAAAAGCUCUUGAAAUCCUUGAUAUGAUUUUUAAAAACAUUAUUACGCACCCUUCAGUAGCGAAUUACAGAAGAAUAAAUAUGGCUUCCGUGAUGUGGGAACGCUAUCUCACUCCGUCCUUCCAUAUACUUCAGUUCAUUGAGUGGUUAGAGACAUUAGGUUUUGUUCAUGAUACUGAGCAUCCCUUUUUGCAUUUUAGUGGUAGCGAGGUACAUGGCCUAAUAAAAGCGAGGGAAGAGGUGUGUAUCCUUCUUGAAGCUUACUCGACCCCGUGCCAAGAAAAAACCGACGAUGAUUUCAGGGGGAAAAAAGAGUUUUUACCACUACUACGUUUUAUUGUGGGGCUUACGGAUGAUGGUGGUCCAAAGAAUGAUCCUUCCUUGGAUAAAGAGGCCUCACCAACUUGCAUCACCGGUGAUGUGUGGGAGAUUGUAAAAUCCCCUUUAUAUCUGACUGUAUUGGGACGUGUAUGUGCAAGACGAGGACAUGUAGAUUUGGGAUUAGAGAGGGUUUCCCAGCCUCCAGCUUCUUUAGGCCGGUCAUGGGCGUGGUCUUCGCUUGUUCAAUUGGCUCGUGAGCUAUCUCUCCUUCAAAUUGAAGAAGAUUGUGCCGUGGUGGAGGCGGAACUCUUUGUUGGUUACGAGCACAUCGAUUGCGGUGGUGCAGAGGUCAAAGUAUCACGGAAAGAGAUCACUCGGAAGCGAGUUGCCGAAAAACACAAAAAUGAUUUUUUUCUUCAAGAAAAGAAGUUUGCAAAGGCUCCUGCGGAGGUGAUGUGUGUCGCCACCCGCCUUAUAGUUGACAUCGCCUCAUGCAUGGAGCAAAUAGCCGUGUUGGAAGAAGAAAAAGGUAUGGUGCGCAAGGAUCGAUUGGAGGCCAGGAGACUCCUAAGGAAGUUUGAGGAAGAUGCCGAUAUUGCUUAUUUACAUUCGCUCAAAGAAGAAUGGUUGGAGUGGCUGGAGGCUGCAAAGCAAAAGUCUGGUAAGCUGCUUUUCUAUACCCAGGCACCUCCAUCUGAGCCACAUGCAAAGUAA